UAAAAGCCCGAGCUGCGUCUCGGGACGUCCACCCAUCUGCUCUGCAGACCUCCAUCCAACAUGAAGCCUCUUCUCCCUCUGGCGCUGCUCGGAUGCAUCGCCGCCGUCUUCGCGGUUCCCGUCGACCAGAAGCUGAGAUGGUGCGUCAAGUCGGACGCGGAGCUUCGGAAGUGCGGGGAUCUGACCGCCGCGGCUCCGGCUUUCAGCUGCGUGAAGAGAGACAACAGCAAAGACUGCAUCGCUGCCAUCAAGGCUGGUGAGGCUGACGCCAUCACCCUGGAUGGAGGGGACAUAUACGUCGCUGGUCUGAACAAUUACGACCUGCAGCCCAUCAUUGCCGAAGACUACGGCACCACCUCCGAAACCUGCUACUAUGCUGUGGCCGUGGUGAAGAAGGGCACUCAGUUUGGCAUUAGAGACCUCAGGGGGAAGAAAUCAUGCCACACCGGUUUGGGGAAAUCUGCAGGCUGGAACAUCCCCAUCGGAACCCUGGUGUCGAUGAAUGUGAUCGAGUGGUCUGGCAUUGAGGACAAACCAGUGGAGGAGGCGGUGGCCAGCUUCUUCCAGUCGAGCUGCGCCCCCGGAGCAACACGAGGCAACAAGCUGUGUGAAGCAUGCAAAGGAGACUGCUCCAGAUCCCACAACGAGCCCUACUAUGACUACGCCGGAGCACUGCAGUGUCUGGCUGAGGACGCUGGAGAUGUGGCGUUUGUGAAACAUCUCACUGUACCUGAUUCAGAGAAAUCCAAAUACGAGCUGUUGUGCAAGGAUAACACCAGAGCGCCUAUCGACGACUUCAGGAGCUGCCACCUGGCCCGCGUGCCGGCCCACGCCGUCGUCACCCGCAAGGACGAUCAGCUGGCCGCGGCCAUCUGGGAUGCCCUCACGUCGGUGCAGAACUUCAACCUCUUCUCCUCCGACGCGUACGCACCUGCCAAGAACCUGAUGUUCAAGGACUCCACGGUGAGGCUGGUGCAGCUGCCGCCGCACACAGACUCUUUCCUGUACCUGGGCGCUGAGUACAUGAGCGUGGUCCGCUCCCUCACAAAAGAGCUGCCGCCAGGCAUUCCAUCUACUGCCAUUAAAUGGUGCGCCGUGGGCCAUGCAGAGACCUCCAAAUGCGACACGUGGAGCAUUAACAGUAUAGUCAGUGAUGUCUCCUCCAUCGAAUGCCAGAGCGGGACCACAGUCGAUGAGUGCCUGAAAAAGAUUAUGCGUAAAGAGGCUGACGCCAUGGCGGUGGACGGCGGACAGGUGUACACAGCUGGAAAAUGCGGUCUGGUUCCUGUGAUGGUGGAGCAGUAUGACCAAAGUAUGAUGCUUUGAGAGCAGAGAAACCAUUAUAUACAUCCAUCCGCUGCCUCCUCAUACUACGCUGUUGCUGUGGUGAAGAAGGGCUCCGGGGUGACGUGGAACACCCUGCAGGGCAAGAGGUCUUGCCACACAGGCAUUGGUAGAACAGCUGGAUGGAACGUCCCCAUGGGUCUCAUUCACAAAAUUACCGGCAACUGUGACUUCACCACGUUCUUCAGCAGCGGCUGCGCUCCGGGAGCCGACCCCAGCUCUCCGUUCUGCAAACAGUGCAAAGGCAGCGGCAAAGCCGUCGGGGACGAAGCGAAAUGCAAAGCCAGCGCCGAUGAGCUCUACUACGGUUAUGCUGGGGCGUUCAGGUGUCUGGUUGAAGAUCAAGGUGAUGUUGCCUUCAUUAAACACACAAUUGUUCCAGAAAACAGUGACGGUCAUGGUCCAGACUGGGCCCGUAACCUCAGGCCUGAAGACUAUGAGCUGAUCUGUCCUGGUAAGGCUCCAGUGCCCAUCACUGAGUAUGAAUCCUGCCACUUGGCUCGGGUGCCCGCCCAUGCUGUGGUGACUCGCCCUGAGACUCGCGGCGAUGUGCUCCGCGUCCUCCAGGACCAGCAGGCCAAGUUCGGAGACAACAACCCAUCAUUCAAACUCUUUGGGUCAGAUGGUGGGAAGAACCUCCUCUUCAAGGACUCCACCAAGUGUCUCCAGGAGGUUGCACCUGGUAGUGAUUAUCAGCAGUUUUUGGGACCAGAGUAUGUUACAGCCAUGACCGCACUCAGACAAUGCAGUGCCAAUACUCCAGAUCUGGAGAAAUCUUGCAGUUUUCAUUCUUGUCAGACUGCGUAAUGGAGACAAGGACCAGACUCUGUCUCACUCGGCUCACAGUGAUUCAUUCUCCAUACACACACUUUCUGCACUAAACCCAAACAUCGCUCUGUGUUUUUUAUUGCUGAUCUUAUUGUAGACCUGAUUUUAGAGGUGCAGUCAGCAGAGAAAUACCUUCAACCUACCAAUCAGUAAAGGCAUGGCCUAUCAUGUUGACAUGCCUUUUAUUUUUCAUGUCAAACUGCCUUUGUUAUUGAGUCCACUUCGUUUUGUUGACAUUUGCUUCACUUUUCUCUAAUAAAGUCUUUUAAAUU